AUGAAUACGUAUCACGUAUUGGAGUUGGUGGGAGAAGGCUCGUUUGGACGAGUUUACAAGGGAAGAAAAAGGUUUACUGGCCGGGUUGUGGCUCUGAAGUUCAUGCCCAAAGUGGGUCGGUCUGAAAAGGAGCUGCGAAGUCUCAAAAGGGAAAUCGAGAUUAUGAGAGGUCUUCAACACCCAAACAUUGUUCAGCUCUUUGACAGUUUUGAAACUGAAACCGAGGUUGUAGUUGUGACGGAGUACGCAGAGGGCCAGCUGUUCCAGAUCCUGGAGGAUGAUGGGAACUUACCAGAGAGCCAGGUGCAAGAGAUCGCCUGCCAGCUGGUCUCAGCUCUGUAUUAUUUACACUCCCAUCGCAUUCUCCACCGUGACAUGAAACCACAAAAUAUCCUGUUGGGAAAAACUGGUGUGGUGAAGCUGUGUGACUUUGGGUUUGCCAGAGCCAUGAGCGUCUCCACCUUGGUCCUGACCUCCAUCAAAGGAACUCCACUGUAUAUGUCUCCUGAGCUGGUGGAGGAGAAGCCAUACGACCAUACAGCUGAUCUCUGGUCUCUGGGCUGCAUCUUGUAUGAACUCCACACGGGGGCGCCUCCGUUCUACACCAACUCCAUCUUCCACCUGGUGCAGCUCAUCGUGAGGGACCAGGUCAAAUGGCCAGACAACAUGAGCCACACCUGCAUGAGUUUCCUGAAAGGCUUGUUGACCAAAAACCCCCAGAAGCGCUUGUCAUGGCCCGACCUCCUGCAUCAUCCUUUUGUUGCAGAUGGUGUUUUAGUGCUGUCAGACACCGACGUCUUCAGCCCUUUGACGGCCCCCCUCAGCCCAGACGUCCUGGCGCUGAAACUGAAGCAAGCAGCAGAGAAGUCGGUGCCGACGUCCGGGGAGAGCCGGUUACUGCAGAAGGUCCGGGAGCAGAGGGAGAACAGGAGCAAACCAGAGAAAACAAAGGACGGAACUGAGCGGGCCCACUCCGCAUGCACGAACGUGUGCAUCUCCAAACCCCGCUCCGGUGAAAUUCCUGACGCCUCAGGUCAAUUUGUCGUGACAGCUGCCAAUCAAAGCACAAAUCUGAAGAGUCAGACCCACACAAGAUCAAAACAAAGGGGACAGAUCAGCAGAGACUACGAGCAGGAGUUCCCCUCCGUGGAGGUCGGACCAAGAUUCGUGCGGAGAAACAGCGAAGACACGCUGCACAGGCAGCUGCUCGCUCCGGAUGUUGGCAGUCAGGAGUACUGGGAGAAUCUCGUGCAGGAUUCAGAUCCCAGCAGGCAGCAGAGAAAGCAGCUGAACUACAGUGACAUCAUCCCUCAAAUCAAAUCUAAAAUCACAGCAUUUCAAGUUCAGCUUACUGGUGGUGUUAUAAAAGACGUGCAACAGAUUCACCGACCGUUGAAGCUCCUGCGUAAUCUGAUUCUGACUCCUGAGUGGUCGGAUGGUUUCGGCCGUGAGCUCGGACUGCCACGGCUCCUCUUCCAUCUGAUCCACGAUUCUGUUGCAAACCCAGAUUUCCUCCAGCGCCAGUGGAGCGUGCCGGUCCUUGGAGAAGCUCUAACUGUGCUCCUGGUCUACUGGGAGGCUCACAGUGACUGGGUGUCAGGGGAGCCCAGACUGGAGGAGUUCACCAAGCCCCUCAUCACAAUUCUCAGCCAGUCAAACCUCGGCGCUCUUGCACCUUUAGCUGCUUCUGUUUUGUCUCUCUUCGCACAACACGGUGUCGAUGUUUUCGUUGAGCUCGAGGAUUUAACCUCCGCGCUGGAAACUCCUCUGCCCGACUCAUCUGAGAUUUCCCUCCCGCCUGGUUGGGGGCUGUACGACGGCCUCCUUUCUUUACUGCUGCACGAUCUUUACGAGCAGCGUGGAGGUGCUUCGGCAUCGAGCCGUUUGAAUUCUGGUGUUUUUGUGGGUCUGUGGAGAAAAGCUGCUGCUUCUCUUGGAAGCACACCAGCAAAUGUCAACUUCUUUUCAGCAAAUGGAUUGCAUUCGCUCCUGUCUGUCCUGCUGUUUGUGUUCACCCAGGAUCCGUACUCGUGCGUUCCUCUUUUCUCACACAGCAGCUCAGAGUGCGUCUUCACACUUAGCCGGCUGCUGAGCCCUGACUGUCUUCCCUGGCGUGCUGAAGAUGCUCCCGGCAGGUCGGAGGUCGAGCCGAGUCGCUCCAGUGUGUCCUCUCUGAGCUGCCACUUGUUGUGUUUUCCGUUCGCCCUGGACCUGCCGUCACACAUCGGGUCGGCGGUUCUGCAGGCGUACGACGGCUGCGGCGUGGCCUCGAGCCUCCUGCAGGUAAUUCAAACUCUUCCUCCUGCACUACUGGAGCUCCCCCUCUCCCUGCUGAGCCGUUUGUUCUUGUGUGAUCCCGAGCGCUCCGGCUCUCACCUCGGUGAGGCUGCGUCUGGCUUUUUUUCAUCACGUCAGGACGGCCAGCUCACAGCCUCUCUGUGUCAGGCUGCUCCCUCCAGAACCGCCAGCUCUCUCCUCUACGAGCUGCUGCAGCUCGAUGCGCUGUGGGACUCUGCCGUGGAGCUGCUCACCCUGAUGUCCCACGUGGCCCGUUGCACCACUCGGCCCGCCCGCCUGCGGGUACAUGUCGAGGUUUCAGCGCUGCGGCAGGCGCUGACUCACCCGUGUGACCAGAUCAAAGCUGCCACUUGCAGGUUUCUGGGCAACUUAGAGCUGUUCACACUUUCUGUAACCGAUGAUGCACAGUUUGACGUCUUCAGACUCAUCAUAGAUCGCCUUAAUGAUUCCUGCGCGCCGGUGCGGAGGAUGGCGUGCAGAGCUGUGGGGAACUGGCUGGGUUACAUUGCAGCAGAGACGGGAUUUAAAAGUGGAAGCUCCUGGAAAGAGAAGAAAAACAAUAAACCUGUGGGUUCACGACUAAAAGCAGCAGGUCAUUUGGUAACCGUAACAAAACAGAAGGUGGACAAGAUGGAGAGAUGGACACAGGAAGCAAAGAGGACGGCAGCCAUGUUGGCGAGUCUGCUCUCCGACCCUGAUGCUGUCACACGCCGUCACAGCUGCGCAGCUCUGGGAAACCUGCUGAACGUUGACGGUGCCAUGUCCGUGCUGUUGGACGAAGACGUGCCCAGCUUCCUGCUCAGAACCGCGUGCUCUGAUUCCCACGAUGCAGUGAGGCGAGCUGCCAUGGCGGCUCUGGGCCUGUACAGCCAGCAGGACGCAGUACGACAGGUGCUGAUCUCCCUGGAUGCCAGUAAGAAACUUUUUCAGGCUUCACCACUUUCUCCACAAUCUGACUGCCAGCAGCUUCUGGGUCAGCUGUGGGAGGGGUCCUCUCAUCGGAAAUUAAAAAACUGA